UAUCUUUUCAUGAGUUUCUGGAAAUUCACUUAAAAUUUGAGCAUUUGGAUGAAACUUGAUUAUUGAGACAAACAGGCAGACAGACGGGUAAAUAGGCAGGCAGGUCGACAGCUAGUUUAGAGGUUUAGAGGUUAGAGAGACACACAAGUCAGGGAGACAGCUGGUUAGACAAACCGAUAGAGACAUUCAGGUAAACGGACAGACAGGUUUAGUCAGACAGACAGGUAGUAAAUGGUGUUUUCAGCAGUGUCAGUGGGAGGAACCCGUCUCUCUCUCUCUCUGUUGGAGGAGGAGAUUCAUUUACACUCAACAUCACUGCAGAACAGCCAGUGGAGGGAGAGAGAGGAGCAGAGAGGAGCAGAGAGGAGCAGAGAGGGAGACGGCAGGAGGAGACAAUGAGAGGAGGAGAGAUUUAAAGAGGAAGAGGAGGAAACAUCGGCGCAGCAGCAGGAGGAAGAUGAUGAAGACAAAAGAAGAGAAACAUGAAGCGUCGGGAGCCGAAACAGAAGUUGGUGACUGAGUCCAGGUGAGGUGACAGUGGGCGGGGCUUAGCUCGCUGAGCCACCGUCUGAUUGGUGGGUGGUGAUGAUCGCGACCGGCGGCCUCCUGCGGAUCAAUGCACGGCGACAGGACUCACUGAGGUCCAAAACACACAAAACACACACUCACAAGAGGAAGAACAAGAAGAAGAGGAGGAGUGAGGUGGUGGUGGUGAAGGGGAAGUUGAAGCUUUUUUCAGUCUCGGGUCUCGUGGCGGCACUCGGCAUCCUGGUCCUGCUGGUGGGCGUGGUCAUGGCGGCUCUGGGCUACUGGCCUCGAGAUGGACUGUUCAUCAGCACUCGGCCACAGGAGGGCGCCGCCAUGGCCUCAGUGUCCUCAAGCAGCUCUACACCUGCACCUGGUGAUGCUCAGGUAGGAGAGAUGGGGGAGGAACUGGAAGUAGAAGAAGGAUAUGACAUAAAGGGAGGAGACAAAGGAGGAGGAGAUGGAGGAGGAGGUGAUGAUAGUUUUAAACAGACAGAAACCAUAAAUGGGACGAACCGACAGCUUCCGCAAGGCUUUCUGGAGGAUUUUCUGGACAGGUAUCUGUACUCUGAUAGGCUGAAGGUCUUCGGUCCUCUCAUCAUGGGUAUCGGGAUUUUCCUCUUCAUCUGUGCGAACGCCGUCCUGCAUGAGAACCGCGACAAGAAGACCAAAGUCAUCAACCUGCGGGACAUUUACUCCACUGUCAUCGACCUCCACAGCCUCCGCAAACCCAACACCUCCUCCACCCGCCGCUCCUCAGCCAAUCCCCUCAACGGCCUUGUUAACUACGUCCAAUCAAAGAGCCUGGAGACCAAACCCAGGGCGUACCCUGCCUCUCUGAUGAACAGGAGGGAGGGAGGGGGAGGAGGAGAGGGAGGAGGUGGGCCGUUGUCUAGGCAACCGUUGCCCGGCAGCAGCAGCAGAAGAGGAGGAGGUGGGGGCAGUGAUGGAGAAGAAGGGGAGACAGUGUUCAGUAUCUACCAGGAGCAGCCAGAUGCUCCUCCUCCCUCCUCCGCCAACAGACUCUCCCUCCCCCCUAGCUUCAGCCCCCUCCACCUUUCCACCUGCUGGACCUCCCUGCAGAAGGAGGCGUUCAGCUGCUACACCUUACCCUUGCGGCGCCCGCGGCCCCCUGCCCCACGCAGGAGGAACUCAGCUCGGGCGGGGAUGGGCCGUGGCUGGGGGGGAGCCACAGGAGGAGAGGAGGAGGAAAGGAGAGAGGGGGGAGGCCACAGGCAGGAGGAGGAGGUGUAUGUAUGUCCACCACCUCCUCUGUGCUCCUCGACUCCCCCCCCGCUCAGACCGUUCCAGGGUUCAUCAGCAGCUUCCUGCAGCUCCUCCAGUCUCCACAGGGAGGCACCAGGAGGCUCCCAGGCCCUGCUCCUUCUCUCCUCCUCCUCCCUCACCCCCUCCCACCUGUCACUCUCCUCCCUGUCUCACCUACUCUGCUCCUCCUCGUCCACGACGCACCCCCCCUGCAGGAGGCAGAGCCUGCCAACCGGCAGCUGCAUGACAGGUUACAGCAAACUGACACACAGAGAGGAUGAAUCGUUUGAGUCGACUGAGAUCACAUCAUCACAUUAUGUGACAUCACAGGAUGGGGGUCAGAUGUCAGGGGAAGGGACAUCACACAGGAAGUACUCCAACACGGAGAAGCUGAGGAUGAUCUCACAAGUGGAUUCUGGGCUGAGGCAGGAGGAGGAGGGCUGAGGAGAUGGGACGACCAAUCAGGAGCUGCCUCAGUGAUUGACAGCACAACUCUGAAGUCAUGUGACUUUUUAAUGACAUCAGCAUGACAUCAGGAAGGAUUCUCUGUAAAGAGAAAGGACGCAUUCAUGUUGCUUCUGGAUGUAAAGUCACAAACAGCUGAAAACACUAAAACACAAAUAUUAAACAUUAAACCACCAUUUAAACUGUGAAUUGUUCUGAUGAAAGCGUCUCUGCUGGAUGAUUAAAGGAACUCGAACUUGAACUUGAGGUCGAAGUUGUUCAUGUUGUAGCAAUAAGGAGUCUUCCAGAUGAAUGAAUGACAGCACAACAUUAAAUGAACUGAUGAACUUUAUAUUUUAUUUCCAUUAAUCAGCUUAUUAAAAAGAUGUGGGUAUGUUUUUAUACUAAAUCAUCACAUGUUGAUGUGUCCUACAAGUAAUGUUUUUUGUUUUAAUGUGGUGGUUGCCAACUGGGGUGCGGGGCCACCUGGAGGACGAGGAGUGACGGAGAAAACUCAAUUUUGGGGGGCAUGACAGAAAAGUUUGGGACUCACUGUUUCAAAAUUUGUCUUUGCAGAAAUAGAAAAUGUUCAGAGCUGAAAAAUGUUUUCUGCAAAGCUGCUGAACGUCAGAGUGGAAAGGUUUUAACACACAUUUCCUUCAGUUUAUUUUUCUCUACCUUUAACCUUUUACUAUCCGCUGUUAGCACAAUGUAGAACCUUCACAGACUGAUAGAAAGGUUACAUGAAUAUGAACAUGUAAUAUUUAUUUAACCCCUUAAUUUAAACAGGUUCUCUCAGUAAGAUCAUGACAUCUAUUUCAACGGAGACCUGAGAACAUGAAUAAACAUUUACAGUUUGUUUGGACAGACAGAAGAUUCACACACACAAGUGAGACUUUAGUUUCACGUUAAGAAAAGUAAUUACAAGUGGAAUUACAAACACUUCAGUCUUAUAAAAUCAAGAGUUCAGUGUUUGAAACCAGUUCUUCCAAACUCAGUUUGAACACUUGGAACCGCUGAUGUUAAAAUAUCCUGAGACCUGAUAUUGUAAGUGCUGUAUACAGUCUAGUUUCCAGCCAGAUUCCCAAGUAUUUAUAACAUUCAACAAUUUCAAUGUGAGAAUCCUGAAGAGUUUGGAUAUGGGCAGUAGGCUGGAUACUUGUAAGUGACCUUGAGAAUAACAGACAUUUUGUUUUGUCAGAAAUUAAAACUAGCACAUUAAGAGAAGAGACCGUGGCGUACAAAAUAGUAUCAUCGGCAUAAAAAUGUACAUUACAAUUACAAUUACAAUAGAUAAUACUGUUUAUGUAUAUGGUGAACAAAAGCGGCUCAUAGGGUUGGUGGUUCGAUCCCCAGCUUCUGGUGUUCUAGGAUAAGACACUGAACCCCAGAUUGCUCCCGAUGGUCAGGCCAGCACCCUGUGUGGUAGCUGGCUGCCAUCAGUGUGUGAGUGUGUGUGCGAAUGGGUGAAUGAGAGCAAAAAUUGUAAAGUGCUUUGGAUAAAAGCACUAUAUAAAUGAAGCCAUUUACCAUUUACCAAGAAUAGAGCCUUGUGGGACACUUUUACUAACUUGAUUUGGAACCAUUGGACACUACUGCCUGAGGUCUACCAGAGUCAUGACACCAUUUAAUGGACUGUUCAUUUAGUCCUAACAAGGAUAGUUUUUCAUAGUAAAAUAUUAUGAUCAACAGAACCAAAUGCUUGAGUAGAUUAUUUUCCAGGACAUUAUUAACAAUAUGGUUAAGUACAUAUAAUGCAGCUGUUGUUGUACUAUGAUAUGAUCUAAAUCCUAACUGCUGAGGCUGUAAUAUGUUUUUGUCUCUAGAAACACUCACAGUUGAAGGUUCACUAGGGACUCUGGGGUUCAAGCUAACAGGCAGGUAAAUGCAGCAGCAGUGUAAAUAUUCAUAGACCAGGCAGCUUUCUCUGGCUUCACACUAAAGAAUGUUUUGGCCAAACUCCCAUUUCCAUCAGCAUGUACCUGUUAACACUAAAUACAAAUAUAAUCCAGGGUUUUAAACUCUGUGUUGUUGUUGUUAAUGUGACUCACAGUGAUGAAACACUGACUGAUUUUAAAGUCUUCUUGAAGUGAAAGCUGUAGCUACACAAUGUCUUCCACUGAAAACCGAACCUGCUUCAACUAAACAGCACAACAUCCAGUCAGCUGAUGACUUUCCCCCGAAGGUUCAACAGUUUUCAAGUUUUCUCUCUCUGCUUCCUCUGAGAGAAUCUGCUAUGUUUAGUCAGUUUGAACUGAAACAUCUUCAUGAAUAAAUCAAAAUAAAGCACAUUAAGUUUA